UUCGAUAGGCAGUAAUCGAUGGUUUAGCAGCUCUGCCCCACUAAAAAUUACCACGUGAAGUGAAAUUGCGAAUUUCAUCACGAAUUUUAAACAGUUUCUUGGACUUAUAAACCAAAUCCCAGUGCUUCAAACGAACAGGCUUAGUCAGGCCGAGCUACCAGUAAAGAGAGAAUCCAAGCAAGCCCAGAGAAACCAGUACCCACAGAGAAAUGGCGCUCCGCGUGCAAUUCGAGAACAACGACGACAUCGGCGUCUUCACCAAACUUACAAACACAUACUGCCUUGUGGCCAUUGGCGGUUCCGAGACCUUCUACAGUGCUUUUGAGGCGGAGCUGGCCGAGACUAUCCCGGUGAUACACGCCAACGUGGGCGGCUGCCGCAUCAUUGGUCGCCUCACUGUCGGCAACAGAAACGGGCUGCUGGUGCCCAAUUCCACCACGGACGAGGAGCUGCAGCACCUGCGGAACAGUCUGCCCGACGCCGUCAAGAUCCAGAGAGUGGAAGAGCGUCUAUCAGCCUUGGGCAACGUCAUAGCUUGUAACGACUAUGUUGCUCUCGUGCACCCAGAUCUAGACAAAGAGACUGAGGAGAUCAUCGGCGACGUUCUGAAUGUGGAAGUGUUCCGUCAGACCAUUGCUGACAACACGCUGGUGGGCUCCUAUACGGUUUUGAGCAACCAGGGCGGCAUGGUGCACCCCAAGACAAGCAUACAGGACCAGGACGAACUGUCGUCCCUGCUGCAAGUUCCCCUCGUGGCGGGAACUGUAAACCGAGGCAGUGAAGUGCUCGCUGCCGGCAUGGUGGUCAACGACUGGCUCUCCUUUGUGGGAAUGAACACCACCGCCACUGAGAUUUCCGUGAUCGAGAGCGUCUUCAAGCUAAACCAGGCACAGCCGGCCACCGUGACAACCAAAUUGCGAGCGGCCCUGAUCGAGGACAUGUCCUAAGGCUAGGAUUCUUUCCACCCAUAUCCAAUCCUUUAUAUAAGCUUACUUGUUAUCUUCUAUAAAAUGUCAUCUAAGAGCGCCAAGCUAAAUACAAAACAAAAUUUCAAAGAA